GUAUUUUCUUUCAAUUUCUUUUUGGGCUAUUGACGCGGAAAUCUGUUACACUGCAGGAACACUAUUCGCCACAAACGAAUAGCAGUCUCGCAAUUUCAAAUUCCAAAUUUAUUUCUCUCUUUCACAGAUCGGAAUGAGGUUGAGCGGAAGGACAAAACUGUCGAAAGAAACUUCAUUGAAUCUCAUAGUAGUCGAUCAACGAUCAGAAAUUAUUUCUUCCCUUAUUCUGAAGUUGCGAUCAUGGUCGAAUACAUGUAUUCGAAAAUCUGUUUCAUUUUUCUCACCGAUUUUGGUAAACGUCAACGUUUUUGUCACAAGAAUCAUACCGACCAAAUUGUGGAGGAAAAAAAAUCAUCAGGUUAACGAUGUAGCCGCCUGUGAUCGAAUAACAUUCGAAGGGGAUACAGAUUUAGAAGACGAUAUAGAAAAAGAAUUAAUGUCACAUGGUGUUGGUGGAUUGGCUAAAAGUUUCGAUUUUAUCAUGGACAAGGUGUUUGAUACUUCAUUGCGAAGCGCUGGGCAAUUUACACGGUUAAAGAUCAAUAAUGUUAAAGGGAUGCUUCUCUAUGGGCCACCUGGAACUGGGAAAACAUUAUUGGCAAAAGCACUUGCAAAGAUGCUACACGCUAAGGUUGUUAUGGGGCCUAUGUUGAUGUCAAGCUACGUAGAUGAAUCAAAACACAGUUUGAGAAAGCUAUUUGAUGAUGCUACAAAUGAUUAUAAAAAAUAUGGAGAUCAAAGUCCUCUCCACAUGAUCAUUUUUGAUGAAAUUGAUUCCUUCACUCAGGGCUCUGGGAUAGUUCAUCAAUUGUUCGGAAUGAUUGAUGACGUCAAUGCAUGUAAUAAUAUCUUUAUUAUUGGAACAACGAGUAGGAUGGAUUUAGUCGAUGAGUCACUCUUGAGACCUGGCAGACUGGAUCUCCGCAUUGAAAUCGGGAUUCCUAAUGAGAAAGGUCGUGUAAACAUAUUAAAGAUUCACACACAAAGGAUGAACCAUUGUGGUUUACUCCAUUCAGAUGUGAACCUUGAACAAAUAGGCAAGUCAUUUUGCCUUGGAUUUUUGUUACUUACAGCGAAAGUCCAUUUUGCCUUGGAUUUUUGUUACUUACAGCGACUGGAUGAAUUCUUCAAGAUUCACACACAAAGGAUGAACCAUUGUGGUUUACUCCAUUCAGAUGUGAACCUUGAACAAAUAGCUUCCAUGACUGUUGGUUGGACCGGGGCUGAGCUUGCCAGUGCUGUUAACUCUGCUCUCUCCCAUGCUAUUGUCCGUGCAGAUCCUAAUAUGCUAGGGCAAGUAAAUAAAAAGCAGAUUAGAGUAAAACAAGCAGACUUUCUUCAUGGUGUUCGAGAUGCUAUCAUGGAGGUCGAACCUAGAUCAAGUAGGCGGAUGAUCAACAUCUUUAUCACCGGACUAUCACCUUGGGUGCUAACUACUUCAAACAUUUGUUCUUUCAAAGCCUCUAGUACUGCUGGUUCUAGAUUUACUUCAUUAUUGGAGUUUGAUUUUGAAAAGGAUGUGAAUCCCACUGAUUCCGUGGCCCAGAAUGUAUCUAUGCAUAUAAGGUCCCAUCUACUCCCAGAUCACAACCCAUUAUUGCAUCAGGCUCUAUUUAUAAACCCAAAAGCCCUAAAAAAAGCUCCAUUCAAUCAAUCCUUCACUAAGCCUGUUGCUGGGCUUGUCCUUUAUCAGCCCGCUUCCUCCUCUAACAGCAAGGUAAAUAAACUUUCCAUAGCCCAACCCGAUAAUUCCAUGAGCUCUGGCACAGUGGUGGUUGACAAGAAAGGUAUGAGCACGAUGGAGACUCAGGAUAUGAGUAAUGCUAUUCAAAUUCUAGAUCCAGAUGCAGUUAUGUGCAUAGUUGGGAGUGGUGCAAAUUGUUCAAACCCAUACGUGGUAUUUUCAAUCGAUGAUGUUCAUCAUCUCGAUAAAAAGCAUCCCUCCUGA